AUGCGCAAUGCCAGCGAUGAAGAAUUCUCCGUGAGCUCAGUUUUCUUCUCUGACGUGAUUCAUGCGAACAAGAACGACGUUCCGUGUAUAUUCAGGAUCACGGCUCCUCAGCUGACAGUCCCGAGCUCCAAGGCCUCCCUCCUGGUGCUGGCUGACAGCGAGAAGGAGAAGAAGAAGUGGGUGACGGUGAUCAACGAGCUGGUCACCAUCUGCAAGCAGAACGGCUUCAAAGAACGGUCAGCGGUGUGCCUCAAAGAGGCGUACGACAGCGCACUGCCGCUGAUCCGCAAUACACUCGCUGCCGCCAUCAUAGACAAGGAACGAAUUGCCUUGGGCACUGACGAUGGACUCUACCUCAUCGAUGUGAUAAAAAAUGAAAUCACAUUACUGGGUGACUGUAAGCGGGUUCACCAGCUUGAGCUGGUGCCCAGUGCCAGGCUGCUCGCUGUGGUGUCCGGAAGGAGCCGGAACGUGCGUGUUUUCACCUGGGAGGACCUGCAGAACCCGGAGGCAACUGGAGCCAAGCUGUUGGAAGCCCGGGGCUCUCAGCUGAUCACCACGGGUAGCCGGUGCCAGGGGAAGAGCACCAAUUGGCUGUGCACAGCUGCCAAGCGCCACGUGACGUGCUACCAGCUGACCGCUGGCAAGCAGCCCUACAGGCGGACGCGGGAAUUCCAGGCCCCCGGGAUGGUUCAGUGGAUGGGCGUCUUCGAGGAAUGCCUGUGUGUUGGCUAUCCGUCCGGUUUCAGCCUGUACUCUUUGGCGGGCGAAGGACCUCCAGCAAACCUAGUGAGCCCAGAGGACCCUUCCCUCACCUUCCUCUCUCACGGGCAGGCAGAGGCUUUGUGCGCUGUGACUGUUUCCAAUGACCUUUACCUGCUCUGCUUCAACACGGUUGGUGUGUACGUCAACGGCCAGGGUCGGAGGUCAGAACAGCGUGAGCUCAUGUGGCCAGCACUCCCUGUUGCUGUGGGUAGGCGAAUCUCUCCCUCUCUCUCGUCCGGGAUACACGAAGAGAUAAACAUAUUGGCUCAGUGACAGAUGGUCGGCUGAUUUAGUGACUAGAAAAGGGUUUUCAAUGCU